CGUGACUCGGUCAGAAAGCAGAUUAACGGCUCUCUCCGAGUCCCGCGUGCACACUCAGGCUCUCUCUAGAACGCUGGAUGUGGCGCCGACAGCUCCAUCUUUUCGGGACGUCGUAGCGCCGAAUAAGCGGACUCUCUUUGGGGCAGCCUUCAUGAAAUAAGCUCCAAACUGCGGCGUUGAAGAUGAUUUCGCCGUGGGACCGGUGGUACUCGACGAGCUGCUGCCUGUGCUGCCAUGUACGGACGGGCACCAUUAUUCUGGGAAUAUGGUAUAUGCUCAUCAAUGCUGUGGUCCUACUCAUUCUGCUGUCGGCUCUCAAUGACCCCGUGCAGUACCGCUACCACCUCACAAGCUCUGAGCUUGGAACUGACAUUGAUGUCAUGGACGAUGCUAAUAUCUGCAUUGCAACUGCAAUUUCCCUUCUCAUGAUCCUUAUCUGUGGCAUGGCAACCUACGGUGCUUUUAAGCAACACGCUGCUUGGAUUAUUCCAUUCUUCUGCUACCAAAUCUUCGACUUUGCCCUUAACACGCUGGUAGCCAUAAGUGUGGUGGUUUAUCCCAACACGGUGCAGGACUACCUCCAUCAACUGCCGGGAACCUUCCCAUACAAAGAGGACAUCAUGUCCACCAACAACAUGUGCCUAGUUCUUGCAGUUCUUCUCUUUAUUGGCGGCAUUCUCUGUUUCAAGGCCUACAUGAUUGGCUGUGUGUGGAACUGCUACAGAUAUGUGAGCGGCAGGGGAACCACUGAAGUCCUGGUCUAUGUCACGACCAACGACAACACGGUUCUGCUUCCACCAUAUGAGGAAGCCAUAGCCAUUCCACCGAAGGAAACUCCUCCUCAGUACAACCAGGCUUAAGAGAUGCCCUCACACAUAAUCUCCCUCCCCACAGUAGGACCCCGACACUGUCUGUAACACAUUCAAAACUCUAAUGCAAAGUCAGAUGCUGGUUCCUUCCCUCCCUGUUAAUUGUAACUCCUCUCCAGUGCCGUCUUCCUCUCAAAACGUGCACUUCCUUACGUACUUUUACCCCCCAAAAUCAAUGUGCACAUUUUUACCUACAAGUGCAGCUGUUUGGCCACCAACUGUUAACCCCCAGUACUGUGAAUUACCCUUGUGGUUCUUUUUAGUCCAGAAGGAAACUACAUGAGGUGCAGUGAGAAGUAAAAGUCAUCAGGAGCACUUUUUUUAAAAAAUCAGAAAUUGACUGAUUUCUUUUACUGAAUGUAAUGUUAGGGUAUUUUUGUAUGACUAUUUGUAUAAAAGUGAAAAUUGAGAGGAAACACUUGAAAAGUGAAAGGCUGUGAUACAGUAACACCUCGUUUGCUAAUGUUUCCUGCUGUUUUUUUUAAAUAUAUAUAAAUAAAAAAGACCGUCUUCCUUGUGUUUGUUCCAGUCUAAACGUAGAGCCCGUCAACUGCCAGUGAAUUCAUUUUUAUCGCUAUAUUCCAGCUUGCCUUCUUAUCCUAUUCUUGAUCUAUAAAGUUUAUUAACCAGUGAAGAGCUUAUGAAAACUGUACAGUGUUUAUAUAUUAAGCCCCUGUGCAUUGACUGUAUAUAAGAACUGUAUCUUAUCUAAAUAGGGAGUACCCACCGACUCCAAGAAGCCAUAAUCCUAUAGACUUUUAUUGAGAAAUAAACUUACUAUGCUACCUUCUUUUGAACAUAUUUUUGCUAAUCCAUUUAAAAAUAUAUGUUUUUUCUUUAGUGCAGGUUAAUCAAGUUAUAAACUGCCCAAUCAGAUGCCCCAAUAAGAAUGUGGUUUUAAACUUUUGACAGAUUGAAUUCAUUUUCUAGUGGUGAUAACAUCUGGCUCUUAGCGUGACAGCAUCCAUUGACUUCAGUUCAUUGGAGCAAGAAGGAAGCCAUUUUUUUAUGAGUGAUGUCACACUCACUCAGUCCAGUUCUUAUAUACAGUCAAUCCCCCUGAAGCAGGUUUCUGUCUCCUCCCACUCACCUGCAGCAGCAUCCGCUGCGUCUUCGUGGUCAUUUUGUCCUUAAGUCAUAAUCUGACCUUUGAAGUUGAGCGGAUUUUGCCGCACUGAGGUCAUUUCCCCAUACUAACUAUGUGACGGCUGUAAACCCACAGCUUGCAUAUACAGAGUUUGUGUGACACGAUGCCACUCUUCAAUCCAUUCAUGUUUUGUAUUAUUGUUGCCCAUCACUGAUCUCUGCAACAUGGAGCUAGUUAGGCGAUGAUUGCUCAGACUGUCAUCAGGAGUCAAUUACAGGAUAGAUAAUUGCUUUUAGCAUUCCGGCUAUGCAACAGUGCAUUCACCAACAUAUUGGUUGUGGAAAUACUCGCAAGUUUUAUUUUCUUUAAUACUAAUCCUUCGAUUAAUAAUACAUCUGAUAUUCCUGCUGUCUUUUUCCAGUGUGAAUCUGUCUGCUGUGUUUUCAAUGAUCCAAGUAAACAUGCACUUUAAAGUCAGUGUUAGCUCACUGAGGAUUCACGUCUCUUAUUUUCCAUGUCGUGCUGUCGAUUUGUAGCUCUUCUUUCUGCAGCAUGGAUGUUGGCAAUCAAGACAUAAAUCAACAGAUUUUUAUGUGUUUUUUUCUUUCUGUAUUGGACCAGUUUGUUUUUUUUGUUCAUUAAUUCAUGUCAAACCUGUCCUCUGCCCUGUUGUCAGAUCUGCAUGAGCUCAUUUGUUAAACUGAACAAUAAAACGCUAAAUUGACAAGUU